CCAAGCAACUUAACGAUUAUAUCGUUACUCUUACUUCGACUACAACUGUAUGUCUAGAAAUAGUAUAUUUACGCAAUUACGUUCAGAUUUGUUUUUCAUAGAUAUGGAAGUAGUUAGGAGAGUAUGGAAAAAGCCCCUUUUUGUGUACAAAACUGGACUACGGGCAUCUUUUAGAAAUAGUAGCAGCUCAGCAUCAAAGGUAACAAAAAAAGAAGAUAUUUCUGCACAAGUUGAUGAUUUACAAUUAACAAAUACAGAAAUAGAUUUAAAUCCAAAAAAUGAGGCAACAUUUAAUGCUCUUGUUUCAACCGAAGAAUUAUUGGCACAAAUAGGAUUGGCAAGGGAAUUUGCAGCUGAUAGUAAAGUUGAGCAUCCCUAUGUUGAUAAAUUAAAGAGAGUGCAAAUGAUUUUAUUUGAUUUAAGCCAUGCUAUAUCAAAACCAAUACCUGGUAAAGAUAAAUCAUUUGAAAGUAAACAUAUUAAUGAUUUGGAAGAAUGGAUAGCAGAGUAUGCCAAUCAACUACCUCCUCAGGAAACAUAUAUUAUUCCGGGUGGUGGUAAAGCUUGUUCUACAUUACAUUCAGCAAAAGCAAUUUGCAAACGUGUAGAAAGGAAUGUUGCAUCUUUAGUUCAGAAUGGUUUAUUAAAUAAAGAAGCACAAGUAUAUUUAAAUAGAUUACAAAACUUCCUUUUAACAACAUCACGUAUUGCAGCCAAGUGUGAUCAGCGCACAGAAAACAUAUAUAUUCCCAGAGUAGAAGUUGAAAAAAAUGAAAAAGAGUAAAUU